UUAAGAGGUGCCGGCGGGGCGGGAGGGCGGCACAGGGCCGGGCGUGAAGGGAACCGAGCCGCGGCCUCGCCGCCGAGGGCAGAACAGCAGCGGAGCCCCCCGCACGGACCCCCGCACCGAGAGCCGUUGUAGGGUGCCCGCCUCAUCGCACGGACCCCCGGGCUCGGCUGCACCGCGCCUCGCUGCACGGACCCCCGCAACCCGGUACAUCGAGAUCCAUUGUACGGUGACCGCCUCCCGUUGCACGGACCCCCCGGACCCCAUUACACCGAGAUCCAUUGUACGGUGACCGCCUCCCGUUGCAGAGACCCCCCACCUCACUGAGAGCCAUUGUACGGCGGUCGGCUCCCGUUGCACGAACUCCCGGAUUCCCACUACACCGAGGUCCACUGCACGGUGCCCGGCUCCCGUUGCAGGGACCCCACUGCGGCGGCUCCCCGGCCCCUACCGCACCGAGCCCCGCUAACACGGUGUGCGGACCCCCGGCCCCCCAUCGCACGGACCGCCGGUGCGGCGGGCAUGGCAACCGGGAGCCGGCCCUGGGGGGCCCUGCUGCUGCUGCUGCUACCGCUGCUGCUGCCGGCGGCGUGCCGGGCGGGCGGCGGGUGCGCGGGGGAAGGCGGCCCGCUGGAGCCCUUCGAUGCGCUGUACGCCAGCGGGGUGGAGGCGUACUACGGCGGCGACUUCGCGGGGGCGGCGCGGUGCCUGGAGCGGGCGCUGCGCAGCCGGCGGGAGCUGCGGGCCGCCCGGUUGCGAUGCCGGCGGAGCUGCCGCGGGCAGGUGCGGUUGGCGGCUCCGGGUCCGGGAGGCGGCGGUGACUUGCCUUUCUUCGGCUCGGUUCUGCGGCGGGCCGGCUGCCUGCGGCGCUGCGAGGAACCGCGGCUGGGAGCCGCCUCCCGCCACCGCGCCGCCGAGGAGGUGGGGGCCGACUUCCAGCGCAGGGUGCCCUACAGCUACCUGCAGCGCGCCUACAUCCAGCUGAACAAGCUGGAGGAGGCAGCAAAUGCAGCUCACACCUUCUUCAUGGCAAACCCUGAGCACAUGGAGAUACAGCAGGACAUUGAGAACUACAAGACCACAGCAGGGAAGGUUGACUUGAUUGACCGGGAGGCCAGGCAGCACAUGGAGGACUACAGUGCUGGAGUAAGGCACUAUGACAAGGAGGAGUACGAGCUGGCCAUUGACUUCUUGGAGCGUGCACUGAAAGGGUAUUACUCUGAGGAUGAAGAUUGCCAGCUCAUGUGCGAGGGACCGCAGAGAUUUGAGGAGCACGAGUACCUGGAGUAUAAGGCUGGCCUCUAUGAAGCUAUUGCAGAUCACUACAUGCAAGUCCUGGCUUGCAAACACGACUGCGUCCGAGAACUCGCCACGCGUUCAGGCCGUAUCUCGCCCAUCGAAAAUUUCCUUCCCCUCCAUUACGACUACUUGCAGUUUGCCUAUUACAGAGUUGGUGACUAUGUAAAAGCCCUGGAGUGUGCCAAGUCCUACCUCCUCUUCCACCCGGAUGAUGAAGAUGUCUUGGAGAACGCAGGUUAUUACGAGGGCCUCUUGGAAGGUACGAUGGAUCCAGACACGGUCAAACCCAGAAAGGAAGCAAAAACGCUGCUGCGGCGCCAUAAGCUGGAGUCUCACCUCUUGCAGGUGGCUGCGGCCGGCCUCGGAUACACCUACACAGAACCGAACUACUGGAACAGGUACGGCGCCCGCCAGGAUGAGCACAGUGUCCCAUCAAGUAUUAGCAGUGAACCAGAGGAUGGGCCCAGGCUGUCCCUGGCAAAGAAACCCAUGCCAAAACCAGAUCGAGAGCUGAAAGAGGGGGGUCCGCUUCUCUACAGCGACGUGAAGUUUGUCUACAACUCGCAGCAGCUGAACGGCACUCAGCGAGUACUACUGGAUAACGUCAUCUCAGAGGAGCAGUGCCGAGAACUUCACAGGGUGGCCAAUGGUAUCAUGUUGGCUGGAGAUGGUUACAGGGGCAAAACCUCCCCCCACACCCCAAACGAGAGAUUUGAAGGAGCCACCGUCCUCAAAGCCCUCAAGUAUGGCUACGAGGGCCGUGUCCCGCUGAAGAGCGCCCGGCUUUUCUACGACAUCAGCGAGAAGGCUCGCAGGAUCGUUGAGUCCUACUUCAUGCUGAACUCCACGCUCUACUUCUCCUACACCCACCUGGUGUGCCGCACUGCCCUCUCCGGCCAGCAGGAGAGGAGGAAUGACCUGAGCCACCCCAUCCACGCUGACAACUGCCUUUUGGACCCUGAGGCCAACGAGUGCUGGAAAGAACCUCCUGCCUACACAUUUCGGGAUUACAGUGCCCUCCUGUACAUGAAUGCAGAUUUUGAAGGAGGCGAGUUCAUUUUCACCGAGAUGGAUGCCAAAACUGUGACGGCCUCCAUCAAGCCCAAGUGCGGGAGAAUGAUCAGCUUCUCGUCGGGUGGUGAGAACCCCCAUGGGGUGAAGGCGGUUACCAAAGGCCAGCGGUGCGCUGUGGCGCUCUGGUUCACCUUGGACCCGCUUUACAGAGAGCUGGAGCGAAUCCAGGCAGAUGAAGUGAUCGCAAUGUUGGACCAGGAGCAUCUAGGACCCAGCGAAAUGAACAUCAACCCAAAGGAUGAGCUAUGAACUAGGCCAAAGACUUUUUCUAUUAAAUAUUUAUUUAAUAUUGUUAAUCUUAUUAGAACCUUUCUAUUUUUGUACAGAGCUGCUGUAUAAAUUAACAGGUUAAUAUGGUUGUGGAGUGUCAGGAGGGCCUCUUCUGUGUUUAGCACAGCUCUUGCUGGGACCCCUCAUCUCUGUGCCAGCAUCUCUCUGCCUCUGGGAUUCCCUGUCCUUCCCUAGCACUUCUCAGGACUUAUUCAGGCCCACUGUACCCCCUUGGAGGACCCCUUUUUUUUCUUUCCUCAGCCACAAAUAGCUGCUUCUCUUUAGCCUCUGCUAGAGAAAUGUCUCAGGUGUGAUAACAGACCGGUCUUCCUGCCUCUGCUAAGUGCUGGCUGAAGACCUGGACGGUGCUGCCCUGGGGGAAACUGGAGCACAAGUCAGUUAUUUCCAUCUCAGAGCACUUCACCAUUUGAAAAAGCAAAAUGCAGGCCCUAGCAAAAUGUACGUCUCUCUGUAGCCAUGCAAAGCUGGCAUUUGGGCAUUAAUUCUGAGCAGAGCUUCCCCAGCUGCUGGGCAGGGGCAUGAACUGUGCACAGGUGAAAAGGGGCUUGAUUUGCAGCUGACUCUGGUGAAAUAGGGCCUGUCACUCAUUUUCAGUCCCUGCUCUUGCUAACGGCCUGGGAUGCAUGGAAUAAACUGCUUCACACUGCAUCCUUUGAGCUUCCAGCCUAGUGCUGGAAAACCCAAGGCUGGAAAUCAUCCUUUCCAGGUCCGUGUUGGAAGGCAGCUGAAAGGCUCAGGGAUGUUACAGUGUUGGAUGAUCAUAGUGCAGCUUUGUACUGCGGAUGCCCUGGCUGUAUCCUCACAUCCUGACGCUGCAGGAGCAGCAGAUGCUCAUGGUGUGGUGGCAUCUAUUUGCUCAGAGUAUUUCUCACCCAGUCUGAGGGUGUUGCAGUGAAAGAAAAUGCUGCUAAUCACAAGAGAUUUACUAUGCCAGGAACUGCUGCUAAGCUAGUAAAUCAUCCCUCUCCCACCAUUAAAUCAACUCCCGUUUGUGGGAUCAGAGCAGCCCCUACCUCAGUCAGAACGAACACUGAAGUCACAGAACUGCCCACAUCCCAGACAUAGGGACAGCUUUUAUUUUGACCCAACAGCUGCUUCUGCUGCUAGAAAGCAGUUCCUAAAAGGCAGGUUGCAGCCAUCUUUACUGUUGAAUUUACUGGAAGGCUGCUGUCUCUCCAGAAAGCACUGCGGGGAUCUUGGCUGGCAUUUGCAUCCCUGAGCAGCUUUGCUCAGCUCCCUGCUGCACUGACACUUCCUCAGUCCCUUUCUGCUCCCCUCUGCCAGCUUUGGCAUUUCCAGGCCUUAAAAUCUGCAAUAGGGAAUUGUCUUUUCUCUCUGUUCACGCAGCUUUUGCCUUCCCAAAUCUUCCAGGCUCAGCAGCACCCUCUUCUCAUCCAGUCACUGGCUGCAAAGGCCCAUAGACAGGGAUGGUCCUUCUGUAGAGACCUCCUCAAAAGCUGGUCCUGGGCCAGAUAAAGGGGAACUCAGUUAAUAUGGAAAAACAAAUGCCCAGACUGUGAAGGGGGCACCAUUACUACCUGGAAAAUGAUGGAAAGUUCAUUUGCUGCACCUCCUUUAAUGUGGAAUCUGCAGGGGAUAAAGCUCUGAGUGUUUCUGAGCUACCAAUGUAGCGUGUUUCUUGGAGGUUAUCUCAUCUUCCUCAUAGACUGAUGAAAAGAUUCAUUGUGUUGGCUCCCCAAAGAACUGCCCCCAGGUUUCUGCUUUCAGAGACUCAUUCCUGCUUAAAUGCCUCCCCAGUAAGUGCUUAACUGCCCCUUUUUAAAAUAGCCAGAGGAAAAGCUGGAGGGAAGGAGAGGAGGGCAGCUGGAGAGCCAAAACGCCGAUUUUGUUGUUCCCCAUCUGCACCACGCUAUUGCCUCUAAGGCUUGACUCCUACAUGCUGCACCUUCAGCCUGAGUUUGUGCGGCCACCCCCCUGACAACUGCAUCUGUCCCAGCGCAUCCUGCAGAGCUGCCCUCUCCAAGCAGCUCGGUGCAGCCCCUGCCCUCCCAGGGGCUGUGGGGAUCCCACCAGCUGGUUCUUCUGCCGAGAGGUUGGGAGGGGGGCCAUCGCAGGUGGUUGUUGGUUUGCUGCUGUGGUGGUUAGCCAGAGCUGUGUCUAAAUCCGGGGGAAAUAAACUAAACACAAC